AUGAAGGAGGGUAUUGAACAAGCUACCGAGGGCGAGCAGCAGCAGGUGGGAGACCGCAGCAACUCCAGGUCGCCCCAUAGUACGCUGAGAAAUGGCGAGACCGCCGAGUAUGAUGUCGAGACCAGGAAUGAAAACUUUGGUCAACGACUAUGGCGAAAUUUCAAGACGCCCGGCUCGGCCUUGCAGAUCGUUGCCGCUGCUGCAGUAGCCAUUGCGAUUGGUAUGGCUGUCACCUCGACCGUCGACGACAUUCCUGAAGCAGCGCCCGUCCUGCUCCAAAUUCCUGGAGACCUAUGGCUUCGUGCACUUAGAGCAACAGUGCUUCCUUUGAUCAUCACCGCCAUGAUUCUUGCUGUCCAGAACCUCAAGACAAUGGCAAAGGAGGGUGCCCAACUGGCUCGCUGGACUGUGGGCUAUUAUGUCCUCACCACCAUCAUGGCCAUCGUCCACAGCUUGAUCAUGGUGGAUCUCGUUUGGAGACGUCUCAUGGUCGUGGCCAGUGAUGAGAGUUUGGGCGUCGAUCCAGACGACCAAGCAACCAUUGACGAACGGUCUGGCAAUGAGGUUCACGACAUCGUCGUCCAAGUCUUCCGAUCAUUCAUCCCCAACAACGUCGUCGCCGCCCUGGCUCAAGAUAGUUUGCUUGCUGUUCUUGUUUCGUCGAUUGUUGUGGGUUGUCUGAUCCGCGGACCUGAUUCAUCUCUGCUUAGAGCCGUCAAGGAAGUGGAGAGAAUCAUCACCAUCAUCAUUACCUUCUUGAUCUAUCUUGCACCCGUCGGUGUCUUCUUCCUGAUUCUCUCAAAUCUCAUGACCCUCAACAUUGCAGACAUUGGACAGAAUCUCGGUGUCUUAAUUGGUGGAUCCAUCAGCGGCAUGGUGAUUCAGUUGUUCAUUCUCUUGCCCAUCAUCUUCUAUUCCUUUACCAGGAUCAACCCAUAUACAUACUGGGCCAAAUGUUCUCCAGCAUGGAUUACUGCCUGGGGUACUGCCUCGUCGGCGGCCACUUUGCCUGUCACCAUCCGACAAGUACGAGCAAGAGGCGUUCCUGAGACAAUCAACAAGUUUUCCGUGCCCUUGGGUUGUUUGAUCAACAUGGACGGAACUGCCAUCUAUUUCCCCAUGGUGGUGACUUUCCUCGCUGCCACGCAGGGACAGCGACUCAACGCUGGCGACUAUACCAUCGUGGCACUGUUGUCAACUUUGUCGUCGAUCGCGGCGACCCCAAUUCCCAGCUCGUCGCUGGUGUUGACCGUCAUGAUCGCCCAAUCGGUCAACGUGGAGAUCACAGGCAUGUAUGCUGUCGUGGUUGCCAUCGAUUGGUUCAUUGAUCGUUUCCGUACGGCGACCAAUGUCAGCGGUGAUCUAUUUGCCGCCAAGAUUCUCGAGAAGGUCACUGGCAUUGUCGACAAGGACGACCCUGCUGAGUAUGCCUCCUCUGAUGGCCACGAGUAUGUCGGUGAAGCGACCACUGAAACCGACAACUCGAAGAGGGUUUAG